UGUAUAGCUGGUAACGGCGCUUGCGCAGCGGCAAAUGGAGCCUCGGUGCCUGGAGCCCGUCCAGAUGACGCUGUGCCCCGCGAACGCGAGUCGGUGGCCGGCUUUCUUCUUCGACGGCCGGCACUGCUUGACGCCGGUUAGUGUGCCGCCGCCUGGAUGCCUGGAAGGCACCAACCGCUUCCGCUCUUUGGGUCACUGCCGCGCCGCCUGCCAGGGCCAAGGCGCGCGUGCCGAGUGCCGCGAGCCGGUGCGCCUGGUGCCGUGCCGGCGGGAGCACGUGAAGCGAGGCUGGUUCUAUCCGGCCAACGGCAGCUGCGUCGAGUGGGGCUUCCCGGAGGGCAGCUGCGUCAACGUGCGUCUGCGCCUCUUCCAGAGCAUGCAGCAGUGCCUGCUCGACUGCGUGCAGCACGACGCGCCCGCCUGCCGGGAGUACCCCGUCGGCCAGCGAUGCGGAGAGUACCAGGUGAACUACCCGGUGUACUCUGCCGCGAACAAGAAUGGACGUUUCGAGUGCCUGACGGUGGACCCGGCAGACAAGCUCUGCCUGCUGGGUCCCAACAUGUUCCCCAGCUACCGAGCAUGCGCCCGCGCUUGUCUCGUUUCGUGAUAAAGCUUUUUCUUUUUGUUUCG